CACUCUGCCUAGGGCGCUAUGCCGCCUCGAGCAGCCGCUGACUGUAUUACUCUUAUCCAGCAGAACAAAAUAGGAGUCGAUUGCACCUUUAAGACCAACUAAGUUUUAUUCAGAGCUUAAGCUUUCGUGUGCGCGCACACUUCUUCAGACGAGGAACGAGCCUCUUUCCCCAGCGACACGAAAAGGAAAAGAGAGCGUUUCUGAAAGAAAGCAGACAAAGGCCACUGAUCCUCCAGUCUCUUCAAGCAGCCUUCGGUUAAAACCGGGAUCAUUUCAUAUUUGAGUCAAUGGAGGAGGAAGCGAGAUUCUCAGGCAAGCUGAAAGAUAUCUUCAAUGGCAAGGCAAAGGCAGUGUCUCUGGAGAGCUUCCAUAGUUAUUCACAGCAAAACAAGAAGAACCAAAAUGGGUUUUGCCAUCUCAAAAGUCAUAGUAAGAGCCGAACUGGAAAAACUGAAGAACGCUUUGAAAGACAAUGAUCUCCAAGAUCUUUCAAACAAAAUCAAUGAAGAGUUGAAUUCACUAAACAGCACCACCCUUGACAUUGCUGUCACAGGGGUGACGGGUACUGGUAAAUCAUCCCUUGUCAACGCUCUGCGAGGUAUGAGUGAUUAUGACAAUGGUGCAGCAAAGACUGGCGAGACAGAAACAACGAUAAAGCCAGAGAAAUACACACAUCCCAUAUUCCCCAAUGUCACUCUGUGGGAUCUACCCGGAAUUGGGUCACCUGAAUUUAAAGCAAAUGAAUACCUGGAAAAGAUCGAUUUUACAAAGUAUGAUUUCUUCAUUAUUGUCACCUCAGAACGCUUUACAGAAAAUGAUACCCUCCUAAGCAAUGAAAUUCAGAAAAUGGGAAAGAGGUAUUACUUUGUGCGCUCCAAAAUAGAUCUGAGUAUAACGUCUGAAAAAAGGAGUCCAUACUACAUCUGUGAAGAAGAAUCCCUUGAGAAGAUUAGGAAAUAUUGCUGUGACAAUCUGAGAAAAGCAGGUGUAUCUAACCCAAGGGUUUUUCUCCUUUCCAGCUGGAAUUUGAAUGCAUACGAUUUCCCCCUCUUGCUCAACACAUUGGAGAAUGAACUGGAUGACCUCAAGAGACAGGUUAUCAUUGAAUCCAUGCCAGCUUUCUCAAAAGAAGCCCUGGAGAAGAAAAAGGCUGCUAUGGAGGCCCUGAUAUGGAAAUUAGCCCUUGUGUCUUGUGCUAUGCCAUCCGAGUCCCAGGACUAUGCUGUUUUUGCCCCAGGAUUGCCUCCUUUGGGUAAUGUUUCCUUCUUGGUGGCAACAAUGGGGAAAUUCUGCCGGGUCUUUGGCUUGGAUGAAGAGUCUCUUGGUAGACUUGCACUGCGGAUUGGCAAACCUGUUGAGGAGCUGAAAUCAGCGAUCAAAAAGGCACCCUUGGCCAGCCAAAUCACCAAAGAAUUUGUACUCCGUCUGGCAGCUACAUCAUAUGCGUGCAGGGGGCCAACGGCAGUUGAAUUGGCUCUUGAUUUCAUACCUGACUUAGGCUCUCUAGCUGGUGGAAUGGCUUCUUUUGUAGCGACCUUCUACAUGCUGAAAAGCUUUCUGAGUGACGUCAAGGAAGAUGCCGAGAACGUACGGGCAAAAGCUACAGCGUAGCAGGACAAAGUGAAGUGCCACUGCCAAGACAUCCAUCAGGAGAACAGAAUGAGAGAACCAGCAACAGAAUUUCAUGCAGAGAAGAAGAAACCUAAACUGGAAAGCUGAUUCUAGAUUCCAUAACUGUGUUGGAGGUUGUUUUUCUAGAACCACAUCCUGUGUGUUAAUAAAUUUUCUGCCAAAUCUCAAAA